CGCAGUAGUUCGUGAAUGAAUGCGGAUGACAGGUCCAGACUCGGGCCGACUCACGCAGCCGAGCCCAGCCCAGGGCGAGUCACAAUGGCAAUCGGGGAAGGGAACAACGCAGAUGACAUCAUGGCUCUCAACGCAUCAGAUCGGGGAUCGGACUGGUAUCUUGCAAUGUCGUCAUAGCUCAAAAGAGUUCCUUGGAAAGGAGCGGCUGGCCAUCAGCCGCUUUUUGCUGGUUGGCGCCUCCACCCGGGUCGUGCCGAUGUGGGGUCUCUGUCUGUUGCUGUAUUUUUCGCUAGUUUUGACACCAAAAACCGUUACUGAAUUACGCUUGUCCAUUCCAUACCAACCAUACCGCAGUAUUCCAUACGGGAAACAACACCCGCAGAGGUAAAUUUCCGGCGAUGCUGCGGAUAGGGGCCCCUAAAUUCAACAUCACAUGGUGCGCGAACACGAACUUUGAUGAUUCUGAAGGCUGCAGUGUGGACUGUCA